UGCCUAACAUAUUUUCUUUCAUACAAAACCUCAAAGUAUGCUGUACCAGGUCCAUUUGAGUACCGAGAAAACGCUUUGCAUUAAUUUUUCAUGAUUAAAAAAGGCUCUGGACAGCAUCUGGAAAUGGAAGAGUUAAAAAAAAAUUACAAAUGCAAAAUGCUUAUAAACACGGUUAGCCACGUUUACAAGUGCUUGGCAUUGGAAACGCUGAUAAAAUCUACUCCUGAAUGCAAGUUUUCUGCGUUCAAAAAAAACAACUGUAAACUCAACUGCCUGUAAACGACUGUCAAUGACGAUGUGUACAUGGACACAUAGGAAAACAAUAG